AUGGCCUCUUGGAAUUCAUUUCCACUCGAAGUUGCGUAUGAGGCUCUGGGUUGGUUCGCUUUCGUUUCCUGGUCCAUCAGUUUCUACCCUCAAGUCAUCUUGAAUUUCCGCAGGAAGAGUGUGGUUGGGCUCAACUUUGAUUUCGUGCUGCUGAAUCUGACCAAGCACAGUUCGUAUCUCAUAUACAACGCUUCUCUCUACUUUAGCUCUGCUAUUCAGAAGCAAUACUUCGAGAAAUACGGUUAUGGACAGAUGAUACCUGUGGCUGCAAAUGAUGUUGCUUUCUCGAUCCAUGCUGUUCUACUGACGGCAAUCACGUUGUUCCAGAUUGUAAUCUAUGAACGCGGGAGUCAGAAAGUGUCCAAAGUUUCUAUUGGAAUUGUCUCUGUUGCUUGGACUAUUGCGGCAGUUUGUUUCUUUAUUGCUUUGUCAAAUCAUUCCUGGCUUUGGCUUAUCUCCAUUUUCAACACAAUUCAAGUAACUAUGACUGUUAUAAAGUACAUUCCUCAGGCAGUUAUGAACUUCCUGAGAAAAAGUACUGAUGGAUUCAGUAUUGGUAACAUUCUACUUGAUUUUUCUGGAGGAAUAGCAAACUAUGGACAGAUGGUUGUUCAAUCAGUAGAUCAAAAUUCAUGGGUCAACUUCUACGGCAACAUAGGAAAAGUGUUGCUAUCUCUGGUAUCAGUAUUCUUUGACAUUAUUUUCAUUAUUCAACAUUAUGUUCUGUAUGCUGGUAACAAAACCUCCAAAUCAGAGAUCACUACGGAGCAUGAAGGUCAAAUUAGAGAGCACCUUGUGAGACCUUCUGACCAAUCAACCCCAGAGAAUGUGUAA